AUGGAUGCGAAGCAUCAUCAAGACCGAUUCAUCACAGAGCAAAAGGUGAACCCACCACCCGCCUUCUCCCUCGAACCCACUUCACCAGAGUCCACAGCACCAGGAAAUGCAGAUCCCCUAUAUCCGUUGCUUAAGCGAACGCCGAGGCUUGAGAAGACGAACGCCCACUGUGUCCGAGAAAAGAUCCCUGGUGUGCUUCAUAUCUCUGAUGUGCUCAAACGGUCGCCCGUGCAGCAUCCCCCUACUUCUCUCACCAGCACAGAUUCCUCCUCUUUAUGUGUCCUCACUGGCUUCUUGAACCGUGGCAGCCCGCUGCCCUUCCUCCUUCAGUGCCGCUCGUCACAGGUGAGUCUGGUGUCGAAGUUUGUGUGA